CCGCGGCCCCACCCCUCCGUCACUGCUUGCCCAAGCACAGUCUGUUUUUCUUCGUUUUAAUACUCAGCUAGGCUUGUCUUUGGAUCAGUUUGGGAAAUUCAAUCAAUCAAUGGAGGAUAUGGUGAGCUCAACUGUGGUGAACACGUACCCACUCUCCAGCUACACCUUCGGUACCAAAGAGCCCAAGAUUGAGAAAGACUCCUCCGUCGCCGAUCGUCUUGCUCGCAUGAAACUCAACUAUUUUAAAGAAGGCAUGAGGACUAGUGUUGAAGCAAUCCUACUGGUGCAAGAACAUAAGCAUCCUCACAUUCUUCUUUUGCAAAUUGGAAACACAUUCUGCAAACUUCCUGGGGGACGUUUGAAGCCUGGAGAAAAUGAAAUUGAAGGCUUGAAGAGGAAACUGACGAGCAAAUUGGGCGCCAAUCAACCUUCACUUCAGCCUAAUUGGCAGAUUGGUGAGUGCGUGGCAAUCUGGUGGAGACCAAACUUUGAAACGGUGAUGUAUCCUUACUGCCCUCCCCACAUCACAAAACCCAAGGAGUGUAAGAAGCUUUACAUUGUUCAUUUGUCUGAAAGAGAGUAUUUUGCUGUACCGAAAAAUCUGAAAUUGCUUGCUGUUCCCCUUUUUGAGCUCUAUGAUAAUGUUCAGAGAUAUGGACCUGUUAUUUCGACAAUCCCACAGCAGCUUUCCAGAUUCCAGUUCAACAUGAUCACCACCUGAAAGGCUUAUAAAGGAAUCCAUGCCAUCAGAACUAAUCAUUCUUUAGGAGAACAUAUAUGACAUCUACUUACCAAAAUUAGGAUUCUCCUAAUCAGCAAAUAGACUUGUUACUCAAGCUAAUGUAGCUUAGCUUUAUGGUCUACUCCGGUGGUCUUUCAUAUGAGACUGUAAUGUGUACCUCCAAUUCGAAGGCCUUUGCAUGGUUGAAAUUUUGUUUGUUUUGUGCUGACAAAAAGAAGAUAGGUCCACUGUUAUUUUCAUGUUUCAAGAGUAUUGUGUGGGGCUAUGGAGAUUGUAGCUUGUGCUUCUCCAGAAAUAUUUUUAGGUGGAAACUAUAAGAACCAAGCUGAUGAUACCAACAUUGUACUUGUUAACCAAGAAAUUAUGGCACUUUCUGAAAGCUUGGGAGAGGAAGGGUAAAAAGAGAAGGGGGACUUUCAUGAUUGAUCAUGUAUGGAAAACUUACACAAAGGUUUGCAGGUCAUGUGAUGUGCUUUUGCUAUUUUUCUUUAUUUAUUUCUGGCUAUGAGUGCUUUA